UCAGCUUGUUAAUUAUUACAGGGGAAACAAUGAAGGCCAGUGUGCAGCAAAGUCCAGUCUGAGCGAGAAGAUCAGCAGUUUGCUCAGAGCCAUGAGCCAACUCAUCCCAGCCACCACGGAGCUGCCUGCGCUGCCAGGGGACACGGCAGCAGCCUUUGGAGUGGCAGACAUCACCGUCCUGGUUCUGUACUUCGCCUUCGUCCUCACCGUCGGGAUAUGGUCAUCGAUACGAGCAAGCCGGGGGACCAUUGGAGGCUAUUUCCUCGCUGGACGGUCCAUGACUUGGUGGCCUAUUGGGGCAUCCCUGAUGUCAAGCAAUGUGGGCAGUGGCUUAUUCAUCGGCCUGGCGGGCACUGGAGCAGCUGGGGGCCUUGCUGUUGGGGCCUUUGAGUGGAAUGCCACCUGGGCACUUCUGGCUCUUGGCUGGAUCUUUGUGCCUGUUUACAUCGCAGCAGGAGUAGUCACCAUGCCUGAGUACCUGCAGAAGAGAUUUGGAGGGCAGAGGAUACAAAUCUACAUGUCCAUACUGUCCCUGAUUCUCUACAUAUUCACCAAGAUAUCCACAGACAUUUUUUCCGGAGCAUUGUUCAUCCAAAUCUCUUUGGGCUGGAACCUCUACUUGUCCACUGUGGUCUUGCUAGCAGUGACUGCUGUCUACACCAUAGCUGGUGGUUUAACAGCUGUGAUUUACACGGACGUGCUGCAGACCGUGAUCAUGGUGCUGGGAGCUUUGGUCCUCAUGUUCAUAGGAUUUGAGAAAGUUGGCUGGUAUGAAGGACUUCAGGAGAAAUACAGCACAGCAAUACCCAAGAUCACAGUCCCAAACACGACCUGUCACCUCCCACGUGCAGAUGCCUUUCAUUUGUUCAGGGAUCCCAUCACAGGAGACAUUCCUUGGCCUGGCCUUAUAUUUGGUCUCUCUGUGCUGGCUCUUUGGUGCUGGUGCACUGACCAGGUGAUAGUCCAGAGGUCUCUCUCUGCCAAGAACCUUUCCCAUGCCAAAGGUGGAUCGGUGCUGGGAGGAUAUCUGAAAAUCUUCCCUAUGUUUUUCCUUGUCAUGCCAGGGAUGAUCAGCAGAGCUCUUUACCCAGAUGAAGUGGGCUGCGUGGACCCAGACAUAUGUAAAAGGGUUUGUGGAGCUGCAGUGGGUUGUUCCAACAUUGCCUACCCCAAACUGGUGAUUGAACUCAUGCCUGAUGGGCUCCGGGGUUUGAUGAUUGCAGUGAUGAUGGCAGCCUUGAUGAGUUCCCUCACCUCCAUUUUCAACAGCAGCAGCACUCUCUUCGUUAUAGACAUCUGGCAGCGGAUCCGCAGACAGGCUUCAGAGCAGGAGCUGAUGGUUGUGGGCAGAGUGUUUAUCCUCAUUCUUGUGGUCAUCAGUAUUCUCUGGAUCCCAAUCAUUCAAUCAGCCAACAGUGGAAAGCUCUUUGACUACAUUCAGUCCAUAACCAGCUAUCUGGCCCCACCCAUCACAGCUCUCUUCAUCCUGGCAAUCUUCUGCAAGAGGAUUAAUGAGCCUGGUGCUUUCUGGGGCCUCAUGGUUGGGCUGGCUGUUGGUCUGGUUCGGAUGAUCAUCGAGUUUAUUUAUAGCACACCAUCCUGUGGUGAGGAGGACAGAAGACCAGCUGUGCUAAAGGACUUGCACUACCUCUACUUUGCCCUCAUCCUCUGUGUCCUCUCUGCGAUUGUCAUCGUCCUUAUUAGUGUCUGCACCCCACCGAUCCCUGAAGAAAAGCUGUCAUGCCUGACUUGGUGGACCAGACACAAAAAAGCACCUGCCAUUGACCUGAAAAACUGCAAGAGUGAGGCAGCACAGAUCAAUUCAGCCAAUGGAGAGAACAACUUGGUCAACAGUGCAGAGUCAGGCGACAAGGAGGAGACAGCAGCCAAGCCUCCCUGCUGGAAAAUGGUGUAUUUGUGGUUCUGUGGUCUGUCCACCAGCCCCACGCCCACCCUGUCCCAGGAGGAGAGAGCUGCCCUGGAGCAGAGACUCACCAGCAUUGAGGAAAAGCCCCUGUGGAAGACUGUUUGCAAUGCCAAUGCUGUUCUCCUGCUGGCCAUUAAUGUCUUCCUGUGGGCAUAUUUCAGCUGAGGUGGGGUCAGGAAACAGGUGGCUUUGGUUUCUCUCACCUUCCUGUCUAAGCUGGAAGCAUCAGGUGACAGAGCCCCUGGUGAUGGUCCCUGGAGGGACCCGCUGGCACUCUGUGGCACAGCCCUUCCCUGGAGGCACUGCUUGCUGGGAAUGACUGCGGGGCUCAGUUUCACCAUAGGGUGAGACCAAGACUCAACACUGGUCCUGUCUGGGAUGUGGGCCAAGUCUGGAGGUCUGGGGUCCAGUUUAAAGGUGCAAAGCCGAGCCCAGCAAGGAGCAAAGGCUUUGGAAAGCCCAGCUAUGGCUGGGUUCUCUCUCAGGGCUGACUUUGCACUGAUGCAUUUGGGGGAAGGACUUCUGGUUUACACUGGUGUGCAGAAUGAGACUUAAACACACUCUGCAGCUUUUUUAUAUGGCUAAAAUUCAAAUAGGGUCAGUGGGGGACCACUGAAUUAGCUCAGCAGUGACAACCUUGGCUCCCCAGCAACCCCAGGAUGUGUGUUGGACCCCUUCCACCCCACCCCUCCUGCCUUGCUGGCAUCAGCAGUGGGAACAGGGAGCUUCUUCCUGCUUCCCGAGCCCCCCAUCCUGCCCACUCUGCUGUGUGACAGUGGGUCUCACAACAGCCCCAGCCUGUUUGCUCAUCAGGCUGAUGCUGCCCCUUGACAGCAUUACCAGCAAUAAAGGUGCCUUAGUAACCAAGCCAAUCCUGACUUUGGGUUAUUGUGGUGAUCUGUCCUGCACUGACACACAAAGGGCUCCCUGGGACCAAGGUGACCCGGCUGUCUCAGGGAAAAGAAAUAUCCUUCCUUGGGGCCUGAUCCAGGGCCUCGCUUUCUUGAGCAAGUUCGGGCUUCUCUGACCCAUCCUGGUGCCACCAUGUCAUGUGGCACAGCCAUAAUCUUUUAAACCAUAGAGAGACAGCAAUAACCCCUGUUAAUAUCUGUGCCUGGUGGUUAGGAUGCUCACCUGGAGAAGGCUAAAAAUUCCCACAGGCAUGUGAUCCUGCACUCCAGCAUCCGAGGGACACAUCCAGGUCACCAGGCAUGGGCUGUGCAGGGAAGAGAAAAUGAGUCAUGAUUCAUCAAGGAGAGAAGAAACAAGGCUCUGUUUCCACCUGGCUCAGGAAGCCCAGGUCAUGGUUCCACUGCUUGUCCUCAGUUUGGAUGGAGGAGACUGAAUUGGCCAUGCAGGAUGAGGUCUGUGCUGGCUUUAUGCAGGUCAGUAUAAGCAUUUGCUUAUUCUAAGAGGAAAAAGAAGAUAUCCCUUGAACAAGGGAGAUCUCAGCCCCAUCGGUUGCCCACCCAUCCCUGGGGAAGAGGAAUACAACACAGAAUUUGUUCUGCCUUUCCACUCUUCGGUUUCAAGCAGGUAGUGCCCGGAUCAGAGGGUGCCUCAGAACAUUUAGAGGAUAUCAAGUUACCAGCUGUGAUUAAGAGCUGGUAAAUGUCUAAUAAUAACAGGUAUGUUUUUAGUGCAUUUAGAAAUAUCAGGGCUCUCACCUCCUUGCCUAGAGCCCUCAGACACCCUCAGUAGCACUUGGCUCCAUGGCCUUAUUGGCUUAUUUUGGCCACACAUCUGCCAAAGCCAUGGGGAAAGCAAUGCAGGACAGGAUGAGCAAAACUGGGGCAUUUUUUUUUAAACACUUGAGAUUAUUUUUUUUCCCCCAAGAAAAAUUCAGUUUUGCAGAGAAUAGAACUGAAUUUGACUAAGUUUUUGGGUUUGGUUGGUUUUUUUGUUUUUCUUUUAAUGGCACAAACAUUUUUGAUCUUUGGUUAUAUGAUGUUGAUUUCUUCCCCUCCCCAUCUCACCUCCUGGGCCCUGGAAGAUGAAGUUUCCUUUAAAAUGCUGAUGUCUAUGUCAGUUAAAGUAAUGUUGCCUGAGAGCUGUGACUGCAUCUCUGAGCUUGGCCCUGAGAAGGAAUGGAGACAUCCGCACUGCCAGAUGCAGCCAGCUGUGCACCCCACAGGAGGAACACAUUUCAUUGGUAAAUUUAUUUGACUUACUGCUCUGCUUUGAACCACUGAAGUGAAACAAAAGGAAAAAGAAUUAUUGGGGAGGGGGAGUCUGAAAUGUUUCACUGAAAUAAACCAAAGCUGUCUCAAAAACGUCCUGACCUUUCCUUGUAUUUUCAAGGAAAGCAACGUAAUUAGCCGAAAAAAAAUAAUUUAAAACCAAAUAAAAAAGAUCUAUAAAAGAAAAAAAAAACAUUUUUCCUCCUGGUUGAAUAUUGAGGAUGGGGUGAGUUUCCUUCUCGUGUUAUUC